AUACUAUAUAUAAAUUUAGGUGACAAUAGAACAAAUCAGAGAAUAGUUUAUAUAUCAACCUUUAACCAUUGAAUCCAGACUUGGUGUUUAACUAUUUGUACUAAAUAAGUAUUUAAGUUUUCCUUUACAGAUACUAAAAUGAACCAAUUAAUUAUCGUGUUUUGGGCUUGUUUGAAUGUGUAUGUCACUAUUGGACAGGAGACUCUCGGACCUAUUUGUUAUUCUUGCGAUCGGACGGAUAAUCCCGAACAAUGCCGAAAUUCUAAAACUUGCUCGGUCGAUCAGGUAUGCAGUGUCCAGGAAGUGUCAGCUCCACACGGUGACGUCUACUUUUGGUCUGGCUGCGAAGAUCUAGAUAUUUGUGAAGAUCUUUCCUAUACUGGAACAUUAAAUCAGAUUCUAGGCAAACGACAGGUGUCCAGCCAACAGUCGCGCUGUGUUUAUUGCUGUAAUACCGACUUGUGUAACAAAAAUUGCACUUCAUUUGUUAACUUAGCCCUUCACAAACCUGCGUUUGAGAGUUCAGUUUAUGUGGGAGUAUACGGUAACCCUGAGCUUGCUGUUGAUGGUGAUACAACAAAGAACUAUUACAAAGGUUCCUGCAUGCAUACUCAAAACAUGCACUAUCCGUGGUGGGCGGUAGACUUACAAAAUGAUUACAGAAUUACUAAGGUUAAAUUGUUCGAGAGGGGUGAUGCCGCUGAUGGUCGUUCCUUCCAUCUUACAAUUUUGGUAAGCUCGUAUAACGCAACAACGUUAGAUAAAGAUUCCCCUAUGUUCACAAAAUGUGGCUAUUAUUACGGCCAUUCCAGCGACGGAAACGUCAUUACAAUCGAUUGUCCAAGAAAUACGCACGGGCGAUGGGUCCGUGUUCAACAGAGUGAUCCGCACAAUGAAUAUCUGCAUCUUUGUGAAGUUGAAGUGUACGGUUUCUAGAGGCAUAUAAUGUGAAGAAAAGAGUUAAAAAUAAAUAAAAAGUAAAUAAAGAAUAUA